AUGUCAGACCCUGUUGAACAAACCGAGAAGCGCGAGGGAACCGCGGAGGAGAAGCCUACGGAAACUCCGAUUGCACCCGACACGAACCCGACGCAGGAACAGGUUGAAGAGCCAAAGAAUGAUGUCGCAGCUACAGCCCCUGUUCAGCCAGAAGCACCCAAGACCGAGGAAAAGGUUGAGAAACCCGCGUACCUGACCAAGACCCCUGCCCUGGGCGAGUUCUUCGACCGCCUCCCGUCCAUUCUCACCACCGUUGGACACAAUGAAAUGUGGGGCGUCUCCCUCAAGGACUACAACGAUGUCCCCACCGUCAAUGUCCUGAUCAAAUUCCUGCGCGCAAACGAGGGCAACGUCAAGGCCGCCGAGGAUCAGCUCAGCAAGGCCCUCAAGUGGCGCAAGGACGUGAACCCCCAGGCCUUGGCCGAGUCAGGCAAAUACAGCGCAGCCAAAUAUGGAGGUCUGGGGUACCUGACUACAUACGAGGAGAAUGGACGGCCCUUGGUGUUCACCUGGAACAUCUACGGGGCUGUGAAGGAUGCCAAUGCGACGUUCGCGAACGCAGACGAGUUUGUGCAAUGGCGCGCCGCUCUCAUGGAGCUUGCUGUGCAAGAUUUGAAGAUGAAGGAUGCUACCGAGGUCAUCGAUUACGAUGGCGAGGAUCCAUACCAGAUGAUCCAGGUGCACGACUACCUCAAUGUCAAGUUCAUGCGCAUGGACCCUGCCGUCCGCACCGCCACGAAGAAGGUCAUUGAUGUGUUUGCCACCUCAUACCCAGAGCUCUUGCGCGAGAAGUACUUUGUCAAUGUUCCUGCCAUCAUGGGAUGGAUGUUCAGCGCCAUGAAACUCUUCCUGAGCCGCAACACCACCCGCAAGUUCCACCCAAUCAGCAAUGGUGCCAACCUGGCACGGGAAUUCCCCCCAGCGCUUGUGGAGAAACUCCCCAAGGUCUACGGUGGUAAGGGCCCGGAGCUGAAGGAGAACGCCAGAAUCGUUCCAUUGACUGAGGAGCCCGUGGCCGCCAAGGAAGAGACCCCCAAGGAGCCCGUCCAGGAGAGUCCCAAGGAGGCGGCUAAGGAGGAGCCUGUUCAGGAGGCCGCGAAGGAAGAGGCUGCCAAGGAGCCCGUUCAGGAAGAGACACCCAAGGCGGAGCCUGCCAAGGAGGAGUCUACCAAGGAUUCUGCAAAGGAGGAACCUGCGAAGGAUGGAGCCCAGUAA